AUGAGAAAUGGAACCGAACUAUUUGUGCUAUUUUUUCAGAAGGAAGUCUCCCAUCCGGCAGUGUUCUUCGAUGCCAGUUAUAUAUGCAGUCCGGAUUACGAGGUCGUUUCUGGUAGAGCCAAUAUUGUGCCCCUUGGAAGUCUUCCAGACUUUAUUAUCGCCACUUCGCCAACCAUCUUUACCACAGGAGAUUUCCUAUUCUUGCUCGUUCGACAGAGGACCACUCUGGUUGUAAUGCUUGAUGACAUGGCAUCUAUUCGUAGAGAAACGCUGGCCUUAUUGGUUAUGGAACAAAAGGUGAUAACCGAGGAAGAUUCAAUGACAGCUCGCUACUGGCCGAGUGGAAAUGGAAAUACUGAAGACAAAUCCACCAAUUUGGAAAACUUCUUCUCCACCUAUCACGCUUGCCAAGUGAUUCAACAUUCUGAGCAAGAGGGUAAAAACUGGACUGUGAGAAAAUUGUCAGUUUCUCCUGUCGAUGCUAUGCAGCCAUGGCCGUUCAUUCAAUUUCAAUUCAACGGUUGGCCGAAAAAUGGUGUUCCACGAGUGGAUAUUUUCUACGAUUUGAUCAUUCAAUGUUUGGAACAUCUAGAGACUUAUCCUCUCGGAGAUGAAUAUGGUCCGCCCUUAAUUCACUCUAGGUAA